AUGUCGCUCUUCAGAAUCGGGGGAGCUGCUGGUCUUCGAGCCAGCAAGCUCGCGGCACCCGUCAAUGCCCGCUUUGUCGCCUCCAAUGCCCACAAGGGUGUUCCCUCCGUCAAGACCAGCCCCUCGGAUGCUCCCACCACGCCUCCCCGGGACAGCUCGUUGAUCAACCAGGAGAGUCCCUCAGAGGCCAUGGCCCGUCACCAGCCGGAUUAUGGGGCCACUAUCGACCAUGGCACCUCACAAUUUUCCCCGGUGCCUAAGCGUGUGAUGGAUGGCAGUGAGCCCAUUGGCACUCUUCCCGCCGCUGUCCUUUCUGGUGCUCCCACCGAUCUCCAGGCUCGCACUGUUAGAAUCUACCGCCCCACGAAGCCUGCAUCGCAGUCAGGCACUUGGCACUCGCACCACUGGCGAAUGGAUUGGGACAUUCUGCAGAGAGGCCACCGAUGGGAGAACCCAUUGAUUGGCUGGCAGUCGUCUGCAGAUGGGAUGCAGGGCACCCACAUGAAAUUCAAGUCGAAAGAAGAUGCAAUUAGCUUUGCCCAGAAGCAGGGGUACGAAUAUUUCGUCCAGGAGCCGAACGAGCGCCGGUUCGUGCCCAAAGCUUACGCCAACAACUUCGUUCACGAACCGAAGAAGCUCAAGCAUAUCAAGACCAAAUAA